UGUUCUAUUUAUUUAUUUUCUAGCCGCGGCUUCAUUCCCUUCCAUUUUCUCUUUACUCUUGCGUUUAUAUUUAUUCAUUCUUGUAUUUUUGUUCGUACUAUGAAGCUGACGGUCCUGAUGCAGGCGUUGUUGGUGUUUCUGACAAGCCUUGCUAGCUGCACACCAAAGGAGUUGAUUGUCGGAUACCAUGCCUGUGCCAAAGGCAAGGGUUGCCAUGUAAUGGAUCAGGUCACCUUCCACGACUCGCACAUCUUGCUGCUGGCAGCAGUCAGGCGCAUCAUCGGAAAUUGCAGGGCCGUUUGGUGGACUUGGGAGCUGGCUGUCCGUUGGCGGCCCAGACUGGCGACACUGAGUUAGAGUUCAACAGUAACCCCAACAAUGUCGAGGUGAAGCGCGACAAUGACGCAAGGCUCAAUGACAGCCACAACGAGCAAGUAGAGCUCCCUCGGACUGCGCCGCCCACA